AUGCAACGUUGCCGCAAUAGCAUGUGUGGUAGUCCAAAUAUUAUGCAAUGGCCACGUCACUUUAUUCACUACGACAUGAAAAGUACUGUCGAAUCUACUGCAGUACUUCGGUCGCGUUCGAAAAUCAGACGCUGUCGAACAUCGUUUAACGCAUAUCAGCUGUAUGUGCUUGAGACAACAUUCCUGAUCACUCAAUAUCCAAAUAUUGCUGUACGGGAAGAGCUUGCCGUCAGAUUGAAUCUAUCCGAACCAAGAAUACAGGUAUGGUUCCAGAACCGGCGUGCUAAAUGGCGGAAAGACAACAGAACCGCACAAACGACGUAUGUUGUUGUAGGACAACCGCACUGGUGUUACCAUUCAAGCACAACUCAGAAACCACCAACAAUGGCGAUCAAAAACGACGAUGCUCCUAUCGACUUGUCCCUGAAACCUCGUCGCGAUAUUCCGAAUGAAACGAAGGGUUCUAUUUGUUUCCAGAAUUUACUUAGUGUUCAAGAACCAACACCAAUCAUAAUCCCGUAUAAUAGCUUUAUGGAAUGGCUAUCAGCUUUAAUUUGGUGCGACAAAGAACGGGAUAUCCUCGAAGACACACUAAGACGAGAAAUCGCCCAGAAGCCUAACCGAAUAAGCGAGCGCAGUGGUACUGGUGCGGAAGAAAGACGACAAGUUUGGUACCAAUUUAUCGACCCCGGAGGGAUGAAAGGCUUGGUGAGCACUAGGGCGGAUUCGAACCUCCGAUCGAUCGUGCAGCAAGCGGAACCUCUAACCGCUACACUACAUCCGCCCCUACUAAUCCUGAAACGCCCAACGGAGCUGCGUCAAUUGUUGCGUCGUUGUCCAAUACGGGGAGAUGCCAUUGCGCGGGAAACAAGGAGUUUUGAAUUGCCUCAUGUGGAGGACAAGGAUCUCGUUGUGUUUUUCUUUCUUGUCGCUACGCCAAUGACAGAAGUCGAGAUGAAGAAGCCGCAAAGUAAUCUACACCCUCCGCCUCAUGCACCUCCUCAGCCUCCUCCACACGCUCCUAAAACUUCUAAAGAUCCUCAAGCAGAGCGUACAUUGGAAUUAAACGGACAUGUUGGUCUUGACGCCCUACCCCAUCAGUUGGUCAAAAAGUCCGUUGAGGCCGGAUUUCAAUUCAACCUUAUGUGCGUAGGCGAGACGGGAAUGGGGAAAACAACCUUAAUUGAGUCUCUCUUCAAUAUGAAACUGGAUUUCGAGCCGUGCAGCCACGAGCUAAAGACAGUCGAGUUGCGCACAAGGGCCUACGAAGUUGCUGAAGGAGGGAUUCGCGUGAAGCUUAGGCUGGUGGAGACUGCUGGCUUCGGAGAUCAGUUGGACAAAGAUCAAAGUGCGCGAGUGAUAGUGGACUAUUUGGAGGCACAAUUUGAACGGUAUCUACAGGAAGAGCUAAAAGUUCGUCGUGCGUUGAACUACUUCGACGACUCAAGGAUACAUGCUUGUCUGUAUUUUAUAUCGCCGACAGGACAUGGCCUCAAGGCUCUGGACUUGGUGACGUUGCGUGAGCUCGCCAAACGGGUCAAUGUGAUACCAGUGAUUGCGAAGUCCGACACGACAUGCAAGGACGAGCUGACCCGUUUCAAAAAUAAGAUCCUCAGCGAGCUACGCAGUCACAAAAUUGAAAUCUAUCAGUUUCCGACAGACGACGAAACUGUGGCGCAAGCAAAUGCGGAGAUGAACAAUGCGGUGCCGUUCGCUGUGGUUGGCAGCUGCGAUUUUGUCAAGAAAGAGAAUGGGUUGCGUGUAAGAGCCAGGAAGUAUCCCUGGGGGAUUGUUGAGGUGGAAAAUGAGCAGCACUGUGACUUCGUAAAGCUUAGAGAGGCGCUGAUCCGCACCAAUGUGGAUUCCCUAAGGGAAAGAACACACAAUGUGCUCUACGAGAGUUACCGCCGUGAGCGUCUACGUGCUCUGCAGAUGGGGGAUGGAGAUACCGGGCCGAAGAUAGUGGAGAUGUAUACAUUGAAGCAGAAGGAAUACAACGACGAGUUUGCUCGCCGCGAAGUUAAGAUACGUGAGGACUUCCAGAAAACUCUUGAAGCCAAAGAGGCGGAACUGCGGCAAAGGGAGGAAGCGUUAAAUGUCCGCUCUCGUGAUGUAGAAGAGCAAGCAGCCCAAGAGUUGCGACGUCUCGAUCAAGAAAUCCGUAACCUCCAGGAUGAACGCACACGUUUGCUGGCAAAAGCUGUCAAGAAGAUGAAGAGACAACCAUCCACGGUCAGUCCGCAAAAACAUUGUUGCGACGUUUGUCUACAAUAA